GUGUACACACAGACUGUAACCUUGCUGGAGCACAAUCCAACUCUUGUUUUAGUCAAACUAAGACUUUAUCUCUUCGUUUGUCGACAGAAAUGGACGAUGUUGACAACGUGUCCUGCGUCCUCUGUCGCCGGUCAGAGGAGACGCAAAUAACCGGCCCGUUAUCGACUAAAGAUGAAGUCACGGCUCAUCAAAACUGUCUGUUAUAUUCCUCUGGUCUGUAUUGCCGUAAUACCCCCCAGUUUGACGACCUGUUUGGCUUCUGUGUGGACGAUGUGCUCAAUGAGGUGAAACGAGGAAGCAGGCUGAGAUGUAACAGAUGCCAGAUAAAGGGUGCCACUGCUGGGUGUGAAGUCAUGCGCUGCAAGAAGUCCUACCACUACCCGUGUGCUGUUAAAGACCGAGCUAAGAUAAUUGAGGAUGCAGACAAGGAGAAAUUUGUGCUGUUCUGCUCCAAUCACGACCCAGAAACAGCAGGAAACAACGGCAUCCCAAACGGACGUUCCUCUUCCCACACAAAGUCCCGGACUUCCAAAAAUCACAGUGAAGCUGAACCAGCUAAGGUUUAUUGCCUCACCUGUGAGAGGACAGAGGGAAACAUCAGCCCAGAGAGUCUGUGUAACAGAGUUAUGUUACAUUGCGACAAACAUGCUCCUUCAUCACAUAAGAAGAACGCCAACACCAGACGACCACCCGGGUACGCCAGCGACUCCAACUCAUCCAGCAGUGCGUCACGCUCAUCUUCCAAGAGACCGUUUAAAUCCAGUGACAAGCAGGAUGAAACCCCCUCUAAAUGUAAAUUUAAAAGCAACAGAGUAAUCACAUCAGAUGACUCUUCAAAUUCAGAUGACAUCCCACCCUGUUCAGAAACAUUUGCACCGUUAGAGAUGGAUAUAGAAGAAAGUGAAAGCUUUGUCCAGGAGCCUCAGCUGAACAGGGAAGACUGCGAGAGUCCCGCUGUGUCCGCCUCAGGAAAUCGACGUGAGGAAGAAGCUGAGGAAGGAAAUGAAGAUGAGGAUGAAACGAUCAUUCAUUCGGAUGCUGAGUCGGAGAGUCUCCUCACUUCUGUUCCUCAUCCACCUGUAUCAACGGUCUCAACUCAGACGGCAGCAGCUGCGCCUGCGGAUGUGGAUUUGGUGAAGACAGAAGGGUCCAGUCUUGAGCAGAGUCCUCUCCACGGUGCUGAUGAACACAUCGCUGGACCACUUGUCCCACAGCAGAGCUCUGCUCGACCCCCGUCCUCUCCUGACCACUCCAAACGCGGCAGUGUUACCGGCUCGCCUCCGUGCAGCAGCUCACCCAUUUCCCCACCUCCACCUGAAACCUUACAUGUAACCAACCACGUAACCGUCCCGUUUCCGUCCUCCCCUCCGACGGCUCCUCCCUCUGACCCAGAGCCCAGCGUCGACGCCUCCAGCUUCUGGAGAAGGUGCAAUGCAGCAGGAUGCACACAGGCCAUAUUCAGUGGUUUCAUAAAUGAGAUGACCAGUAUCUCCAGUAGAAUUCAGUCAGACGAAGCAAGCCAGGAGGAUUAUGAUCUUGCACUGACACUGCUGACGGCUUCUGGGAAACUGGCAGAGUUUGUGGCCAAGCAGCAAGAGGAGAUACAAAGAAAACAAAUGGAGCUGCAAAAGGCGGCAGCAGCUAUGGAGGACGUCGUCUCGGCUCUGAGAAGAUGAGUCCGUUAGGAGCUAUAGUAAGAUAUUCAAUAUCUACAUUUAUAUUAAACUUUUUUUUUGUGAUUCCCACUGUUAUUUUGUAGCAUUUUAGCAUUUUUUAAAUUUUAGCAUUUUAUACAAACUGCGUUUUUACGUCAUUUUUUACUGAUUUUGUCCUAACAUUUAAGACACUGUAAAAGCCUGAAUAUGGGAAACAAAACCUAUGCCAAUGUUUACAGCACUCAAAGAAUUAUGAUGUUGAUUAGUUAAUAGUAUCUCACAUUGCAGCCUGUGAUCAUGAUGCUUUUUGAAAUAUGUUGUGAACUGUGACUUCUGUUCAGAAAGUAUAUCAGAUAUAAAUAAAAGUAACUUCUUUUACAUA